GUUCACUCUGGACUGGAGCUGCUGGAGAAAUCACCGAGAGGGAGAGUGGGUCUCAACAACAUCACUAAAGAGGGAUGGAAGGUCUUGGGCAGCUCUGGGAAAUCAAAGAAGAGUGUUUAUUUAACCGUCCAAGUUCAAGGGAAUAUCCUUGCCUAGGAAACUUGCAGCUUAGAUCUCUCUAAGGAACUCAGAAACCAGACACCACCUCUCAUUAAGAUGAUGACUGAUUCAUUUAUGGAAGUGACCUCUCUGCUCCCAUGACAUCACCACACCUCUUUCAUCUUGUUUUAUGGGAUUAUUCCAUUCAUUUCAAAAUCAAAUAAAUUAAACAGAAUCGGUGGUUCCAGAAAGACCUGCACAUCCUCUUACUCUGGGGGCAGGGCAAGAUUGAUGUCCUCUAAUGGAGGCCACUGGCAAUGACAGUGUCUGCGAUGAUGUAGAUCCUGGAGGUACUGAAGGGAGGAGACUACUACUAGAUGGGGAGCAGAAGGCCGCCAAAGGCUCACAUUUUGACAAUAUCAAUGUGAUUGGCCAGGGGCUGAAGCAUCUGUUUCAGCAUCAAAGGCGGCGUUCUUCUGUCUCCCCACAUGAUAUUCAGCAAGUUCAACCAGAGCUAGACUCUGAACCCGAGCAUGCCCAGCCACUGGAUGCAGAGGGCACUGGCCAACCUACAGCACUGAAUCGAGUUUUGCAACAGAUCCGUGCCCCACCCAAGGUGAAAAGAGGAAGCAGCUUGCAGCAGAACCGCAAAGCAAAGCCAAACACACGAGGAAGUCCUCAGAUAGGUCGGCGUUCGGCCCAGGACAUCAUGGCUGUGCUCUCUCACCCAGGACGACCCCGUUCCUCCUCUACUACUGAUGCACAUUCUACUUCUGCCUUGGAGGUGCCUAACUCUUCAUACCUAUCAGGGGAUGACUCUGUCGAAAGGCUCGACCGGCUGGAAGGGGGCAACCUCUCCCAGGCGUCCAGCAUGGUGUCCUCGGGCGCAGACGGGAUGCUCAGCACUGACGCAGUUGACGGAACCCCAGAUCCGCAGCGAACCAAAGCAGCCAUCUUGCAGCUGCAGCAGAAGAUCCUCAAACUGACGGAGCAAAUCAAAAUUGAGCAGACGGCGAGAGAUGACAACGUAGCCGAGUACCUAAAGCUGGCCAACAAUGCUGACCGGCAGCAGGGCGCCCGCAUCAAGCAGGUGUUUGAGAAGAAGAACCAGAAGUCGUCGCAGAACAUUCUGCAGCUGCAGAAGAAGCUGGAGCACUAUCGGCGCAAGCUGCGCGAGGUGGAGCAGAAUGGCAUUGCGCGGCAGCCCAAGGAUGUGUUCCGGGACAUGCACCAGGGGCUAAAGGAUGUGGGGGCGCGAGUGACAGGAUUCAGCGAGGGGGUGGUGGACAGUGUCAGGGGAGGGUUGUCCAGCAUCUCACAGGCCACUCAUUCUGCUGCUGGCGCCGUGGUGUCCAAGCCCAGAGAAAUAGCCUCUCUACUGCGCAACCGAUUCGGCAGCAGUGACAACAUUGCCUCCCUGGAUGAUCCUUCCAUUCUUUCCACCCUACAGGGGGAUGACUUGGCUCCUGGGAAGGGUUUGGGGAAUAUGCUUCAGGCCAGUCCCAAAUAUGGAAGUGAGGAGGACUGUUCCAGCGCAACAUCAGGAUCUUUUGGAGCAAACAGCACUAGUGGGGGGCAAGGUGGGGGCGGCGGCGGAGCAGGCAGCUCCCGGACAAACACCUUGGAUACACAGGCACUGACAGGCUUCGAUGUUGUGUUGCACGAAAUCCAGGAAAUUCGGGAAGCCCAGGGCCAGUUGGAAGAGUCUUUGGAAGGGCUGAAGAGCCAGUACCAGAGAGAUUAUUCCUACAUCUUACAGUCCCUACAGGAGGAGAGGUUCAGGUAAGUGACUGCAGCCAGCGGACACAGGGGAACUGCAAUUAUUGGUAUUUAUAGGCUUCCAGGGGUGACUGACUAAAGGUGGCCAUACAUGGGCCGAUUCUAGCUGCCGAUAUCGGUCCCUUAGACCAACUCUGCAGCUUAUCGGCCCGUGUAUGGGCACUAACGACGAUCUUGCCUGACUGAUAUCUGGUUUGAAAUCGGGCAGAUAUCGAUCGGUCAGGUUUAAAAGUUUUGUCGGAUCGGGGACCACAUUGGCUUGUUGAUGCGGUUCCCUGAACCGACUGCGCCUAUACCCGAGGUUCUAAUUCCAUCGUUUGGCCCCAGGGCCAAAACCACUGAAUUAGCCUGAAUUAGCCCAAUAUUGCCCACCCGUAGGUGGGGAUAUCGGGAGAAGAUCCGCUCCGGGACACUUUGAGGCUUAUUUAUUAACGUUGGAGACACACGUCACUGGUGAUGUUGCCUGUAGCAACCAAUCAGCAAAUGGAUUGAAUGGUCACCUACAAAUUAGAAAACCAAAACAAAGAUCUGAUUGGUUGCUAAUGGCAACAUCACCAGUGAUCUCCAAUGUUUAUAAAUACGCCCCUUAGCUGACAUUCGGGGGGCUUGUUGCCACCCCCAGUACUUCCUACAGCCAUUUAAAUAUUUUAUUUGGAAUUAGCACAGCACUUGAAUGUAUGCAUAUGUUCAAGUUCCUGAGAGAUGAUUGGAAAACAUGCAGCCUUGCAGCUGUUAUGUAACAAGAUGGAGGUUUGUCAGUUGUAGUUGAACAUCAGCCAGAGAGGAAUAAGUUGGCUGUUCCUACUGGAAUGCGUUGUGUUUCUGGAUUCUAAUAAUAUAACAUUUAUACUGAGUGGGUUAUGAUGUGUGAAUGUGCAAAAAAACAGGUCUGUCAGGCUUCUUGCCCCUGCUUGUUGCUUGUGAGGUAACUGACAUAGCUCUACAGCUAUUGCUGAACUACAGCUCCCAAAACCUCACCCUUUGUCUGGCCCAGUGUCCCCUAGAACCUGGUCAGCUGAAGUAUAUGGGUAUUGGUUGUGGACAGGUGAUAUCUCCUGUAAUUAAACCUGCAUGAAUAUUUAAUUCUUUAAAUUGUGGCAGCUCAUGCUCAGAGAAUGCUGUAGUUACAUGAUGCUGGCACUCCCUCUACUGACUCAAUGGGGGAAUUACAGCAUUAACAACAAAUUUGGGAAACGCCUUGUCGCAGGGAUCCCCCGUAAUAUCAUUAGGCCAGGUAAGUAUUCAGGGUGCGGUUCACUUCUUGUCAAGCGCAGAAAGGUUGUCACUGAAGCAGCACAGAGCACUUCAUGUAUGAGGUAUAGUGACACGCAGAGGGAUGGGUACAUUAUAGGGCACAGAAGAGAGUAUAGGGCACAGGAGAGUAUAGGGCAGUCAUCCCCAACCAGUGGUUCACAAGCAACAUGUUGCUCCCUGACCCCUUGGAUGUUGCUCCCAGUGGCCUCAAACCAGUUCUUUAUUCUUGAAUUUCUAACUUGGAGGCAAGUUUUAGAGGCAUAAUGACCAUGGGUACUACCAAACACAGCCUACUGUAGGCUGCCAGUAGCACACAGGUGCUACAAAUAACCAACGACAGCUGUUAUUUGGUACCCCCAGGAACUUUUUCAAUGCUUGUGUUGCUCCCCAACUUUUUUAUAUUUAAAUGUUGCUCACAGGUUAAAAAGGUUGGGGACCUCUGGUAUAGGGUAUAGACACAUAUACGCACAGGGAUGGAUACAUUGUAGGGCACAGGAGGGAGUAUGGGGUAUAGCCACACAUACACAGAGAGGUGGAUGACCAUUGUAAUGCACAGGAGAUAGUUACACACAAAUUGCUUUUACAGUAAGUAACUGUGGAUGACUGUAAUAUGGCCAAAUUGCACACUAUUUACUGCCCAAUCUGUUAGUUCACCACUGGGGAUCUUUAUCAGUCACUGGCUAAUGGGUUUAAGCCACUGAUAAGGCAGCACCCAGUAUUUGGCUGUGUAUGGGCACCUGUAGUGCUUAGAGGAAGGAGAAUAACUAUAAAUAAAUAUGCAAUGCACGGCCCACACAUUGUCUCUUAGUGCAAACUGAAUGUAAGGCUUGAUAUGUUCAAGUAUAUAAAUACUAAGUGCGCAGUUGCCAAUGUCAGUGUUCAUGUUUUUCUGAAAGUGGCCCCUCUCAUUUAUACUAAACUGGUCCCCUCUAUAAUCCAGGUGUGAGCGACUAGAAGAACAGCUGAAUGAUCUGACAGAGCUGCACCAGAACGAGAUCCUCAAUCUGAAGCAGGAGCUUGCCAGCAUGGAGGAGAAGAUUGCCUAUCAGUCGUACGAGAGAGCAAGAGAUAUUCAGGAAGCACUGGAGGCCUGCCAGACGCGAAUCUCCAAGAUGGAGCUCCAGCAGCAGCAACAGCAGGUGGUUCAGCUGGAGGGUCUAGAAAAUGCCACUGCCAGAAACUUGCUGGGCAAACUCAUCAACAUCCUAUUGGCACUUAUGGCAGUUGUACUUGUCUUUGUGUCUACUGUGGCCAACUGCGUGGUGCCCUUGCUGAAGACGCGUGGCCGGACGAUUGGAACUCUGCUCCUGGUUCUGGUGGCUGCUAUUCUCUGGAAACACUGGGAUUCUUUCUCUGUGCACCUGGAACAACUACUGUCCCCUCCAAGAUAACUGGACUCGGCCUGCAAUGAACUAGGAAACCACAUGGGAGUCCAGACGGAAGGCUCUGUAGGUCUCCUGCAGAAUCCGCCAUCUUGUUGGUAUCGCAGGGGACAGCAGUUCCUCAGAGCCUUUGCUUGUGUCCUAGGCUUUAUAUUAGUUUGGGUACUGCCAGUACAAACCCCCCCAUGCCUUACAGUCUCAAGCACGGAGGGAUGUGGCGAGCACCUUAUGGCACUCCACCCCUGUAGCUGUAAUAUUGAGCCCUCCCCUGCAAAGAGAGUGUGUAUUGGGGUACGCAAGGAGGGGGGGUUGCCAGAGUGCAUUGUUUACAUUGUAUGGAAGGAUUUUGGAGACUUAAAAUGUGUCGUUAUUGGGCUUCUCCCCCUACUGAAGGACUGCUGCUGCUGCUGCUGCAAUACAGGUUUCUCCCCAAAAUGUGUUUAGGAUUUCAGCUCCCCCAAGUCCUGAAAUCCCCCUCCCUUCUAGCAAUUCCACCCCCUGGCCCCAGAUUUGUGCCUUCAGGAUUUGUACCCGGAGUCGGCUGUAAGUGCAGUGUGGCAUGCUGGGAUUCCUUCAGAGCCUAGACAUCAAAUGGGACACAUUUGUGGCAAUAAGGCACUUUCCAACUUGCUCCUGCCAUCCUCUAACCCAGAGAAGAUCAACUCUUCCAAGUGCCUUAUUGCUUCCGUUCUUCGGGGAGGGAUCAUCUCAGACCUUUUGGGGGUUUUAUGUUUUUGUUUUGUAGGUCGGGUUGAGAUGAAUGGGUUAAAGGGCAACUGCCUUUACACUGGAACUCUGAACUUCUACUUUUUUCCACAGCCUCUACCUUUGUAACUAUUUAUCUGCUGUAGGGGGGCCUAUAACAGAUCCCUGCAUUUGUUACAGCCGCACAUUCCUUACUACGGCCAAUGGUCCUUUAACUUCACUCCUUUCCUGAGCGAGGGAUCUGAUUUGUAGCCAAUGAGGUUCUCUCUAUCAGGAAAGUCACUCAGAGAAACAAAGAGGGCAGGGAGAUCACUGCACUUCUUCCUUGGGUCUUAAUGGAGUCACUCCGCUCGCUAGUGAUCUCUCUGCAUCUUAAAGCCUUAAUGGCAUCACCCCCCCCCCCCCCACCCUAGGGUAAUCACAUGAUUAAUUAGCAAGCGCAGUAUUUCUCAUCACUCUUUUAGAGAAAAGGUUGGGGGUUUUUUUCUUUUUUCUUUUUUUUUUUUUUAUAAGUAGCAGUUUGCUCUUUGCCUGCCCGGGGGCCCACGUCACACAGCCAGGCUCCCCCGGCAGGAAAGGGCAUCCAUUGGGCGCACUUUGAAAAGUCUGCUUGUGCUGCUGAGAUCCACACGGGGGCGCUGUGCCCGCGGAGUGGAUAUUUAGGAAGCAGCACUCGUUUGGUACAGUGUCCUUACUGUAAGUGUUCCCUCCGGCGCCGCGCCAUGGAGGUUUGUUAUAUCUUGUUUAAUAUUUUAAUUAAUAUUAUUUGGAGUGAAAGGAGAGGGCUCAUUGAAUAAAAACAGUCAUGUUUUUAGACAAA